CCUAAAUACCAUAUGGGAGCUGGAUGCUGAAAUCAAAAUAAGGAUGGGACCAAGAAAUCCAUCCGUGUCCGGUCGGAAACCGCUGGAGCUCUUCAGACUGAACCUAAUGAAAUAUAUACCUAAAAAACUAGACCUAGUAGAAGAUAUAGAAAAUAUUGACAUCAAUGAAUACGAAGAGAAUAAACUUGAGAGGAAGAGUAGUGCAGAAAUACUAGAUCAGCCAAUUGAUUUUGCUGAUGGCAAGGAUAAAUAAGUCACCAGUCCUCAAAAUCGACAGAAGUUCCCAAUACAUCUCAGAUCCAAGCGUGAUCAAAAGCCGUAAAGGAUAUACUAAGAAGAGUUCUGGCUUACCUGAAGGUCCCAAAGAGCUUCAAAAUUCCAAGCUUAGCGUCUCGAUGAGGUCAAUCUUGAACUUCCAUCCCGACGACAUCAUUGCUAAUAAAAUAGAAAGAAGUAAGAAAAGUGGGACUAACUCUUCAAUCCUCAAGACCUUCGUUGGCCUAGAGACCAAGGGGGUCUCCCCUCUUCCUCUAGUGGAGUCCUUCAGACGUUUGAAGAACAAGAGGCAAUUGAGUGAGCAACAGAUACUCAUGGUUAGCCAAGAAAUGAGACGGAUAUUCCAUAAGCAUCAUUUCAGCUCUGGUGACUGGGAAAAAUACUUUAAAGGACACCCCAAUAUGGCUAACCUGAAUGAUAGCCAAAUUAAGAAGCUAGAAUGUCUCAAAGAGAGUGAGUUCUUUAGAGAAGUCUCACAAUUCAUGGAUCCUAAGGAUAUAAUUAGCAUGUUUAGCAUCGAUAAGAGAGGGAUUGCACCUAGUCCUGAUCGCAAGGAUAAUGACAAUUUCAUUCAACUCUCAACUCUUUCAACUAAUCCUCAGAAAAGAGAGCAAUCAAAGAAGAGAAAAUAUGAAGAAAGUUAUAAUAAUCUACACAAAGGUGGAAACAUCGAACUCGAGGAAAAUUUUGAUGACUACUCUGAGAGAUAUGAAGAUGUACUACUCGAUGAAGAAGAACCCCCUCAAGGAGGUCCAAAUGAAGCAAUGUACAUAAAAAUUGAAAAAAUCCCAGUUGAGUCAAUGCUCACUUUUGAAGAAUCUCUUCAGCGCCAGAAAGAAAUUCUUGACAAAAGUGCUAAGAUAAACAACUAUUUUAUGCCGAUUUGGGAUACUCGGAAACAUUCUAAACUAAAAUUCUACAAAAAUGUUGACAAUACUGAAGAUGAAACUAAAGACUAUCCAAGCAGUGACUUGCCUAAAUUUACAUGCAAGGAUAUCCAUGAAAUUUCUGAGAAGCCAGAGAUAAUGACUAAAGACCUAAAUCCUUCAAAAAUAAUAAUGGGAAAACUAAAAUCAUCGAUUUCUUUCGCUUGAGCUCUUAUCUCAAUAAGUAACUAUGACAAGCAAUUUUCUAAGACAAUAAUUGGAAGUUUGGUAUAUCCCAAUAAGAACAACACACCUCUCUUGAGCAAGUCAGGAGUUUAUGGAGUCAAGGCAAGAUUCAAUGGAGCUCAAAGACUUGUGCUUAUAAAUGAUAAGCUUCCAUAUAUCUCAGAUUCUGAAGCAUUAUUUACGACCCAUACUAAUCAGCUUGUAACACAGUUGCUUGAAAAAGCAACUGCUAAGAUCUAUGGAAGUAAUUAUACAUCAAUUUCAUCAAACCCUUCAAUCGAAAUGCAUCAUUUCAUUGGAUGGAUCCCAGAGACAGUCAAAUUUUGAGAUGUCAAUAAUAAGGACAACUUGUGGUCAAGGAUGAAGCAAAACUUUAAAGAAGGCAAUAUCAUUCUCAGUGUCAAUGCUGUCAGUGAAGAAGAGGAAGCUAAAUUAUGUGUCUCUGACACGGAGCUGACUAAUGAGGAUUCCCCUCUUUUAGCAGUAUUGGAUAUCAGGGAGUUCAAAGAUCACAAAUUAAUCAAAUGAUCAAACCCUUCAGGUGGUUUUACUAGUUUUACUAUUUACAAACCAAAUGAAACACACAGUUUAACUGGAGAAUUAAUAGAACCAGUGGUGCUUCCAUCUGGGACUACUAGAAAAAUAGAGUCGACUUUCUGGCUAAAAUGGGAGGAUGUGCUCUCCUAUUACACCCAAAUAAAUCUAUGCUGGAAUCCUUCUAUUUACCCUUUUAAAAAGCAAAUUCAUUCAUUCUGGAAAAACAGGUAUCUUCCAGAGUCAGAAUAUCCUAACCUGAGCGGGAAAUUCUUAGAUGAGAAUUACUGAGUGGAAUACUGCCCCCAAUUUGUAUUCACAAUUCCACCUCACAAAGAUGAUUUUGAAGUAAGGAUCUUCCUUCAGAGACAUAUGAGAAACUUCGAACAAAAUGGUGAUAGGUUUAUCAGUUUCAAGUUGUUCUCUUUUGAAGGGUAUAGAGCAAUUUAUCCUGAAGACAAUCUCAGAGCUUUCCAAUAUUCCAAAAGAGAGAUGUGCUCUGACGUCUUUAUAUUUGAAAACUCAAAUUCAGAUGAGUCUUAUGUCCUAGCCAUUCUCAAAGGAGACGAUAUUGACAAAUCUGAUGAGGUGCAAUUUUCCCUAGAUGUUCUCUCCUUCAUUGAUAUUGACGUGAAGGAGCUUCCAGAGCCUGUUAUUGAGGACUCAUACCAAGUGAAAGGGAAGUGGAAUCCGAAAAGGCCAGGAGGAGACUUACUUUCUGAAAAUUCCUUAAAUAACCCUCACUAUAAAGUGACUGUAAUUGAACCAGUUCAUAUCCAAAUAAAGGCAGAAUGCGAGAAAAACUCCAUCAUGCUUGCAGUAUUUGAAGGUGGAAGUAAAAUAUCAGAAACUCCUUUCUCAAACAUCACGAAAAACAAGAACCCAGGAUGAUAUUCCAAAGGAUUCUCUUGUCUUGAGACCACUCUUGAGCCUGGAGAUUACACAGUAAUUCUCUGAACCGAAGAGGCUUCUAUCUGAGAGAAAUACAGGAUCGUUUUCAACCUCAUGGAGGACACUAAGCUGAGCUAUAGUGAAGAUCUUGAGAUAGAGAAGAUAAAUUAAUCAAAUUAAACACUUUCAUAACCUUCAACCUC